CUCCAUUCUUGUCGAGCCAUAAAAUUUUCCCAUCUAUAUAAAUCACCAAGAUAUAGUAACCAUAUGAUUUGCAAACUCGAAUAAACUUGUGAAAAAAGACCAAAUAAAAAAAAACAUGGCCACGGCCAUAGCUGGCGAUUGCCUCCACGCGUGCACGGUGCAACAACCACGCGCCGCCAUCAACCGCCUCCACAUGUCCUUCCAUUUCGCCGCCAUUCUAUCCCUUCUUUACUACAGAAUCUCCCACCUCUUGCAUGGCGACGUUCCAAUCCUUUCAUGGAGUUUAAUGACUUCGGCCGAGCUCAUUUUCACCUUUUUAUGGAUCGCCACGCAGAGUUUCCGGUGGCGGCCUGUGGCGAGGUCGGUGAACCUCUCAAACCUUCCGAAGAACGAUAAACUGUUGCCCGGAGUGGAUGUUUUCAUAUGCACCGCGGAUCCCAAGAAAGAACCGGUGAUCGAGGUGAUGAACACGGUGGUUUCCGCCAUGGCGCUCGAUUAUCCGGCGGAUAAGCUGGCGGUGUAUCUUUCCGACGACGGCGGCGCCGGGUUGACUUUGUAUGCGUUGAAGGAGGCUUGUUCUUUUGCAAAGUCUUGGGUUCCGUUUUGUAGGAGUUAUGGAAUCAAAACUAGAAGUCCUGAGGCUUAUUUUGCUUCUUCGAAAGAUGGUGCACAUUUGGAUUGGGGUGAUGAGUUAAAGGAAGAGGAGGAAAAGAUUAAGAUGGCAUAUGAUAUGUUAAAGAAAAAUGUAGAAAAACUUAGUGCCAUCGAAGCAUAUUCAGCUCGGCAGGACCGCCCAGCGCACGUCGAGGUGAUUCAUAACGACGACAACAACAAAGAUGAAGGUGACGACAAUAAGCAAAAUGAUUUACCACUUCUUGUGUACGUAUCUAGGGAGAAAAGACCAACUCGCCCUCACCGUUUCAAAGCUGGCGCUCUCAAUGCCCUUCUUCGAGUUUCGGGAGUAAUGAGCAAUGCACCAUACAUUUUAGUGUUGGACUGUGACAUGUAUUGCAAUGAUCCUCUUUCUGCCCGGCAAGCAAUGUGUUUCCAUUUGGAUCAUCAGAUUUCUAACACAUUAUCAUACGUUCAAUUUCCUCAAAUCUUCUACAAUGUUAGCAAGAAUGAUAUUUAUGAUGGUCAAGCCCGAUCAGCCUACAAGACUAAAUAUCAAGGAAUGGAUGGUCUGAGGGGCACUGUAUGUUCGGGAACUGGAUACUUCAUGAAGAAAAAGGCUUUAUAUUGUCGUCCAGAUCAAGAGGAUGCUAUGGUUGUUGACUUAGAACAAAACUUUGGUUCUUCAAAAGCCUUCAAUGAUUCACUCAAGGAUUUGAACGGAAGACGAACCAAUUCUAGGGUUGAACCAAUAUCGGAAUCGAUUGUGGAAGAAGCAAAAUCUCUUGCAACUUGUACGUUUGAAGAAAACACAAAAUGGGGAAAAGAAGUAGGAUACUCCUACGGUUCUUUGUUGGAGAGUACAUAUACGGGCUAUCUUUUACACUGCAAAGGAUGGAAAUCAGUGUACCUUUAUCCAAAGAGACCAUGUUUUCUGGGCUGCACUACCAUUGACAUGAAAGAUGCAAUGGUCCAGCUAAUGAAAUGGGCUUCUGGUCUAGUUCAAGUUGGAUUGUCACAAUUCAGCCCAUUAACUUAUGGGGUGUCCAACAUGUCAGUCCUCCAAAGCAUGUGCUAUGCCUACUUCACCUUCUCACACUUUUUCUCCUUUCCUUGCAUUUUGUAUGGAAUCAUCCCUCCGCUGUGUUUCCUACGUGGCAUUCCUUUGUUCCCUGAGGUUUCGAGCAAGUGGUUUGCACCAUUUGCGGUAGUGUAUCUAUCAUCUCUUGUACAACAUUUGUACGAGGUACUUUCAAGUGGAGGCUCAAUCUUAACAUGGUGGAAUGAACUAAGAAUUUGGAUGAUCAAAUCAGUGACAGCAUGUCUUUUUGGUUGCAUGGAUGCUUUGUUUAAGAAAAUAGGAGUCGCAAAGGCGAACUUUAGGUUGACCAACAAAGCCGUUGACCAAGAAAAGCUCGAUAAAUACGAGAAGGGUAAAUUCGACUUUCAAGGUGCUACCAUGUUCAUGAUCCCCCUAACGUUGUUGGUCGUCUUAAAUGUGGUUUGCUUUACCAUUGGAGUGAAAAGGAUGAUUUCAAGGGGUAAUUUUGGAGAGAUGUUUGGCCAAUUUGCUCUUUCUUCUCAUAUUUUGGCUCUAAGUUAUCCCAUUCUUGAAGGACUAAUGCCAAAGAAGAAGGAAAAGAAGAAAGUGUAGUUUGUGUUUGUGCUUACUACUUUUGUAAUGAUUUCUUUACGUUUUAUUUUGUUCUUCAGAAAGAGGAUCCUAACUGAAUGAUAUUGUAUUUGGAGGAAAUGUAUUACAUAAAUAAAGGGUUUAGUAUAGCUGGCUCCUCUAUAUUAAUCAUAUACGAUUUGCUUACGUAAACUUUUAUAAUGAUUUGAACUCGAUUCAGUAUUUAAUUAAUAAGAUAAUCUGUCACAAGAAUA